AUGGCUCUACCGAUAUUCUCCCUUUCCUUUUGGGAACGCUCCCUGGUCCCUGCUGUUCCCAGAAUUACGCCUAAGUACUGCCAGGAAAGCGAUUUUCUGAUAUCAAGUAACCUCAGUAUCUUUUCUUCCCUCUGCACAGCACCACAUCAUUUGGAAGAAAUUAACGUUCUGGAUGGCUAUUUUCUUCCAAAUGAAGUAGAUCUUCAUCAGGUAAUGGUAUUGCCAAAAGCAGAAUGGGAAAGGAUUCAGGACAAUCUUGACAGCACAACUAGAGAAGCAGCACGCAUCCUUGCUGAGAAGAAAGAACGGGAAGAAAUGCACUUACGCUCCAAAGCUGCUGUAAAAGACUGGCCCAAUACCAUUAUGGGCCUGGCACAACAGAAACUUAAAGCCAAAAAAUUACGUGAAGAAAGGGAAGAAGAAGAAAGAAAGUUACUUGAUUUGGAAGAGCAACGGUUCCAAGCAGCAAAACGGAAGGAGGCUCUUGAUCAUGCAAAAACCUACCUAUACUAUCAGAACGAAAGAGUGAAAGGGUUGCAUAGUGCACUUCUACUUGCUGAGGUCCUAAAAGAAAGAGAUGCUCAAGUUGAAUUUAAAAAGUUAAAGUCAGAUGUUAACAAAAAGAAGGGUGAAGAAAAGGAACAUGAACAUAAAGAAGCUAUUCUCAGAGAAGAAGAAAAGGCACAUCAGUGUUAUAUGAAUCAACAGGCACUACGCAGAGAUCAGCUGGAACAUUUUUCACCUCUGAUAUUCUGCCCACCUUCAAUUCAAAGUAUCACAUUCUUCAGUGCAAGUAUAUAUACAGAAUCUGUAUCUGUUCAUUACUUCAUGCAGUCCCUAACCCAUUUAUUCAACUCCUUUUUCCGAUUCAGAAUAAAGGAGCACAAGCAUCGGGCAGAUCUGGCCAAGCUAGAAGACAAAAGAGAAGGCGAACAAAUACAGAGAUUGAACCGACUGUACCAACUGGAAAUUCAGAGAAGAAAAGAAAAGGAACAGGAGGAAAAAGUUGAACGCCAGAGGCUGCAUCAUGAGCAUGUAACUGAGCAGAAAAUAAUCAAAGCAGUAGAGGAACAAAAAGAAAUGGAAGAAGAUGAUCGGAUUAGAGCUCAUUUUAAAGCAAAGGAAACUAUUGCCAAGCUGAUAAAAAAGAAAGAAGCUGAAAUGCACAGGGAGAGUAGGGAAUUCAGCAGAAAAAGGAAAUUCUUUCACAGGUUCCUUAGUAAUAGGUGUGUGUGUGAGCAAUCUCUCCGUCCUUCAAAGUACAAAGACUUACAGAAGUGCAAACUCAUGUUCUUCUGCAGACUAACACAGGAACAUCAGGAUAAAAUCGUUUACCAAUUAGCUGUACAAAUGAAUGAGGCAUUAAAGAGGGAAGAUGAUCGUCUUGCUAAAGACAUUGCAAAAAAAGAAGCUGAACAAGAAAAAAAACGCAAAGAGAAAGAAGCAAAAGAAAAGGCUGCCAUUGAAUCUAUUGCUGAACACAGAGCCACUGUGAUGAAGAUGAAAGUAGAAAAGGAGAGAGAGGAAAAAGAAGAGGGUAAAAAAGAACUUCAUGCAUUAAUGGAAAAGAACCGCAUCUACCUGGAAACGGAAAAAGCCAAGAAACAAAGACAACGUGAUGCAAACAUGGAAGUGCAGAAAAUUCAGAUCCAGCAAAUGGCUGAAAAGCAGGCAAAAAAACAGCAGGAAAAGCAAGCAGACUUGGAUUAUGAUAUCCAGAGAGAGGCUAUUGCGCUUUUUAAGGAGCGUGAAUUUCAGAGCUAUGCAAAGCAAGUAAUUGAAUCAGAGACCAAGACUACACACCAUCUUUAUCCUCUUCUCAAAGCAUCCAAAGAUGGAAGAGGACUUGGACAUGGGCCAUUUUCCAGAGGAAGAGAAGGAAUAAAUACUAGUUUUCAAGCACAGGAUGGUGCUGGGGGCCAGUUACCUUGUUGUAGCUGUACUCCUGCUCAAGAAGUUAAAAACAUGAAAUAACAUUGAGACUAUCCAGCAAGGAAAGGCAGAAGCAGUUUUCAUGUGGUUAAAAAAAAAUAUCUUUUGAACCUUACCAGCAGAGUUAAGCUGCAAAGGAUCUACAUCGAAUAUAUGUUAUGAAUCUGGAAGUCCAUUUGGAGAAAAAAAGAUUGCCAGAGAACUGGUUGUAUUCUCAAAAAUCCUCAGCUUGUAUUUCAUGAAAGUUAGCUUAUUAAACUUGAGACAGGAAUGCAUGAUAUGUAAUUGACCAUCAGUGUAACCCAUUCCAGCCAAAAGCUCACUAUUAUGGUUAUACUUAUAUUAUUCAUUGUUCUAAAAAUUCACCGUCCCGUGUUUUUCAGGCCUGGGAUACGAAUUCCCAGUACAAAAGGUCACAUUUUUCAUUAGCCUACUGCCAGUUAAGUAUUCCUGAUAAUAGAAAAAAAAAACCCGUAACAACUUUACAGAAUCUCCAGGGGAAGAAAAAACAACCUAAUACAUGUGAAAGUUAGAAUAGUUAUUGCAGUUUAUACAGCAUUUUGCAACUACCUCUAAAACAAAUGUCAUACUAUAAAUUAGUUAUAUGAAAAUAUGAAUGUGAUUUGAUCACAACCCUUAAAAGGUCACCUAGGAGACAAAUAGGUCCCAACAUAGCCAUAAAUAGCUAGUACAAGAAGAGCAUAGCAAGAAGAGACAACAUAGUUGGACUGUUCUUUCAAAAAGACUAACAAUGAUUCAGUCUGCGGUAAGUAGAUCCAGAUCUAAAAUGGUUUCUCAGAUUCCUCAGCUGACUUUCCCAACACCCAAGUCACACACACAUCUCACUCCUUAAGCUUAGGUUCUUUGCUGAAAUUUUACUACCAUGUUCCUGCCUUGGACAGAGUUAGGGUUUCCUAGAAUGACUUCCUCCACCAGUAACCUGGGGUCUAAACAGGGUAUCCCCCUAUUCUGGGGUCUGCUAGAAACAAAGCUCAAGAAACUUGAAGCUUUGCUUUGUUGCACACAACCUUCUGUUCCAGCCCUGCAGCUGCCCGUCUCUGUUGGCCAAACUA